ACUGUCAUGAUUUGUAGUACUAAAGAAAGAAAUGGAUUCGUUAUAAAAAAAAGAUUUUGAGAUUGAGAUUGGGAGGGUAGAAAACGACAACUCCUCCUCUAAUUUGGUGUUUUGUUUUUGUUGAAAGAGCUAUUAAAAGAGGAAAAAUCCACAUUAGUCGGAAAUAAAAGAGAGAGAGAACGUUUCAACGCCAUUUUUCCCGGCCAAAGCUAACUAACUAACUAACUGUUCGUUUUCUUUUCUGUCUCAAACUACCCAUCUUUCUGGGACAAAGUCCGUUCCUUCUGAUUCCCAGAUGUUCGAUUCAAUUUGAGCAUCCAGAAGAAGAAGAAGAAGCUUAACAGAAGGAUCUCAGAUUCUCAAGGCUUUUCCUUAGGCUGAAUCUUUGUGCUUUUUUUUUUUUCUGUUCAAUAAUCUUUCCCAGAAAAAGAGGGAGAAAAUGAGCGCAUCGAGAUUUGUAAAAUGUGUGACGGUUGGUGAUGGAGCUGUCGGAAAAACAUGUUUGUUGAUCUCUUACACAAGCAACACUUUCCCUACGGACUAUGUGCCCACCGUUUUCGAUAAUUUCAGUGCAAAUGUGGUGGUCAAUGGAGCCACCGUUAAUCUUGGAUUGUGGGAUACUGCAGGGCAAGAGGAUUACAAUAGAUUAAGACCACUGAGUUACCGUGGAGCAGAUGUUUUCAUAUUGGCCUUCUCUCUUAUCAGUAAAGCCAGUUAUGAAAAUGUCUCCAAAAAGUGGAUCCCUGAGCUGAAACAUUACGCGCCUGGUGUCCCCAUCAUCCUCGUUGGAUCAAAGCUUGAUCUUCGAGAUGAUAAGCAGUUCUUCGUCGACCAUCCUGGUGCUGUCCCAAUUACUACUGCUCAGGGAGAGGAGCUGAGGAAGCUAAUAGAUGCACCUACUUACGUCGAAUGCAGUUCCAAAUCUCAAGAGAAUGUGAAAGCGGUGUUUGACGCAGCCAUACGAGUGGUCUUGCAACCUCCGAAGCAAAAGAAGAAGAAGAGCAAAGCGCAGAAGGCAUGCUCCAUCCUAUGAUGAUGAUAUGAUUGGAAAAGCUCUGUUUUUUAUUUAUUUGUGGUUUUGGUAACAUUUCAUCAAUGAGUUAAUGGACAGACCACCAAGUUUGGUUUUGGUCUUUUCUUUUGAUUCUUAAUAUUAUUAAAUCGAGUUUAUUCGAAUCAGAGCAUCUUUUGCGUC